AUGGCGUCCCAAGGCAACAGAUGGCUCUAUCUCUUCAUCCACCGCACAGCUACGGAAUCCGAACCCCACCAAUGGACCUUCGUCUGCCCGCCAACAAGAUUCCGAGGCUCAACAGAAGCCUCGUGUCUAUAUAUCCACAACUCCGGUCCCAGCGCUGGCCCAGGCCCGCAGCUGGUCGUGGAAGAAGGCACCCAAAUCCUGCGCCGCCCCCGCCGACCCUGGCACACGUACUCCUCCAUCCACCGAAUCUGCUGGUACCCCGCCGACGUGCACUUCGACAUCGUCGAGCUCCUCCUGCGCUCUGUACGGCAGGCGAACGAAGACGGCGCGAUGGAGAGGCGCUGGCAGGGCCCGUUUCUGCGGGAGUUGGUGGAGUGGGAAUUUGUGGAGCAGUGGGAGGCGGACACGUUGGAUGCGCUGUGGUUUACGAGGCCUGUUGCUGAUGAGGAUCGGGGGCCUGUGGGGGCUGGGGGUGUGGCGCUUGAGUAUGUGGAUUUGAAUGCGAGUCUUGAGCGGAAUUUGAGGGAGCAGGAGGGGAGCGCGAGGGAUGCGGAGGAGCGCGGGCGUUGA